CCAGCUGUGACAGCAUUGGAGCUUCUUGGACACCUGGACCAUGGACCCCGGGGAAUGCACCUGCAUGUCUGGAGGAAUCUGUAUCUGUGGAGACAAUUGCAAAUGUACAACCUGCAACUGUAAAACAUGUCGAAAAAGCUGCUGUCCUUGCUGCCCCCCCGGCUGUGCCAAGUGUGCCCAGGGCUGCAUCUGCAAAGGAGGCUCGGACAAGUGCAGCUGCUGUGCCUGAACCGCAUCCGUGGUGCUGGGGCUGGCGGGGGCGGGGGUUGUGGAUGCCACAGCCCCGGAAAUGUCUGUACAGUGCAUUAGUUGAGAAACUGAAAUUAUUGUACCAUAGGUUAUGCUUUUUAUAUAUUUGCUCAGAGGUGGUGGUGGUGACACUCAUGUAAAGUGCCUGAAAAAUAAAGUCUUCACUUGUGGU